UACGAGGAGAACUCCGUCCCUGCCUGCCGAAGCUGGUCGCGAGGCGGGAGCAGCAGCCGGAAGGAGCCGCGCAGAGACGGGCGGUGACAGCCACACAAAGCGGAGGGGCGGGAACUCACUCUGCCUCCUCAUUGGCUGUGAGGUACGCAGUUUCUAACGCAUUGUCUAGAAGGGAGGAAAAAAAAAAUGCGCAAAUGAAGAUAAUGGAGGUGGGUCUGGCUCCAUUUGUGGCACGCACAGACGUGUAGCGCCACAUCAACAAAACCGUACAAUACGACAACACAAGCUUUGUGACGGGACGGAUUGGCGUCGAAUCCCAGAGUCCGGGAUACUUUUGAGGCGCUGCGCGCACGAGCAACAUUAAUCAGUGACAACUGGACAGUUUUCAGUGGAGGUGGACAGACAGAUUGUGGUGAGAAUGGACAUUCAUCAAGCUUGUGGCCUGCUGUGGAACAAAUGCUGACACUGAUCAGCUUCCACCCACAUAUUGACACACAUCAUCUUGGGAGGUGUUUCUUCAUCUCCGAGUGAAGGUUUAGGCAGAAGUACCCAACUCUGUUGCCAGUCCUUGCAAAGAAUGGCUCAUGGAUGGGAUUCAUAUUUUGCCCACAUUCCUUCUGUAUCAUCAGAUUCAAAUACACUGAGAAGGCUGUCAGACUCAGAAGGAAGUACUUCUCAUCUAGAGAAUUUUGUAGGACAUGACUUCACCACAGGGGCGUUGCCUGAACCCCCUGCAACCAACUCAAACUUUCAGACUAAUUUUUACUCAAAUCCCGGUGAUGGUGUUUCGCGGUCAGAUUGUGUCUAUCAAAAAUGUUGCAAGGACACAACGUGGAAAACUGAAGGAGAACACAUGAGAAAGGAAGAUGCUGUCUCAGAGUUCACCACAGAUGGAUUAUCUACAACUGAAACUUUUCCCUCAUCUUUCUCAACAAAUUUACAUCAACUUAAACAAGACGACGGCACAUUAUCCUCAUCAUAUCUUGGAGACUACUCGGAUGUCAGUAGCUCUUCAGAAGCUGAUGUUAGCGAAACAAGGCCAUCUUGUAAAUUCAUGACAAGUAAUUCAGUCUCAAACUCUACAAGUGUCGGUGGUGUAAAACAGAGUGCAUCAGAAUGGCUUUUCACACCCACUGGACAUAUGACCAUUUCAACAAAAAGACAGUGCCAUAAUGCAAGGCUCUUUUUGCCAUCAAAUGUCAAGGAAGCAGAAACAAUGGAUGAAAGGGCACAAAAUAAGAUGGAGAAAUUGGAAAAGUCAACUGGAAAUUACACAAGUCACCAGUCCUCUGAGACUUUAAAUAUGUUGACAACUACAGGGAGUGAAUCUGUGGAAGAUUGUAAUGACUGUGAUGAAUAUCGAAAGGAAAUACAAGAGGAUGCAGAAGUCGAGCAAUCUUUCACUGAAGAAAAAACCAGAGAUACAUCAAUAAGUAUCUUAAUUUCCACUGAAACACAAGAAUACCCAGGUAGUAAUAUGGAGGAGCAGAACAUUUUUUCUUCAAAUAUCAUGACUACAUUUGACAGUCUUGAUCAAGAUAAUUUGAAUAGAAAGGCCAUGGGAUAUGAAAAGGGAAAUUGUGGUGAUCAAAAUGAUCUGGCUUUGGAUAAGCAAAAAACCACAGCUCCCAAUUUAACAAAUUGUAAAGAUGACAAUUGCAGAAAGGUGGUGGAGGCGAAAGAAAAAAUUCUAAAUGACACAAAAGAAUCAAGCAAACAAAAUGAAGGUGAUGUGCAACAAACCCAAAAUACCACCUUUCAACAUGAUCAUGAUGAAAAUACGGAAGAAAACCAGGACAAAAUCAUUCAGUCAUCAAGUUUACACUCUUCAUAUGUGGAGCAUCUCAACUUGUCAGGUUCUACAGAUCCUGCUAAAAAAUUGAAAGCAUGCGCAAGUCAUUUGGAAAACAGUGAAGAUGGUAAAUCACAUUUGGACAUGCCUGAAAAUCGGUUAUUGAAAAUUAAAAACAAUUGUGGUUCCCUUACUGUAAACCUUAACAGUCUUGACACAAGUACUAACAACAGUAAUGAGCUGAGUCAUUUAGAAUCGUAUAUACAGUCAAACUGCUCAAGUCCAGAUGGAACUCAGUGCUUAGAAAAACAAAUGUCAAAUCCAUCUGAGGAAACAAAAAUGACUUCCCCAAAUCCAGAUUGCACUAGUGUUGCUGUGUCCAGUGUCAGUCAUUUAAUUGACAAAAGUGACAAUAGGGGACAUGUUCAUAUUAAUUUACAAUCUUGCUUGCAGGGAAAUGGCUUAAACAAAAACAUUGUCUGUCCAGAAAAUGAACAGACAAGCAAAGCAGAGGAGACAGAUGAAACCUUUUCUUCAGGUCAUGAUUGUAGUGACCUUGUAAUGGACAAUGCUAGUGUCAGUAACAAGAAGAGUGUUUGUAGUAAUUCAGAGUUAUGUUUACAAGAAAACUCUUCAAGCACACCUCUGAAACAGUGCCUGAAAAAACAGUUGCACAGUCUAGAAACAAAAUCUCAAAGUCUAGGAUCUUCGCCGGAUCUUGGUUGUAGCAGUCAUAGCAUUCCGAUUCAGUGUAAUGAUAAUGGUGACAAUAAAGACCAAACUGAUCUUACACAUUUAGAAUCUGUCUUACGACCAAGUCGUCCAGAAGCUCUGUUAAAGCGCUCUCCAGAAAAAUUGUGUUCACUCGAUUUAGAGAAAACGGACGUUGCAUCUUCAAAACAAGCUUGCAGUGAUAGUGUUACAACUUGUGACAGUAACGUAAUCAGUACUAAUGACAAUAAUGAAAAUAGUGGUAAUCAUUUUUCUCUCGAAAAGACCAUGUCAAAUUCUGCAUUCAAGACGAGCACAGAUUCUCUGAAUCGAGAUUGUGGCAGUACUGUUUUGCCGCUUGAUGACCAAUGCAUUGAUACUGGUGAUGGUAAUGAGGAAAAUAUUUAUAGUCAUAAAGAAACCUCAUUACUUCCCCAAACACAAAGGAAUCCAUGUCUAGAAAACGCUAUUGAUGGUAAUGGCAAUAAUAAGCAAGAUGUUUGUGCUCAUUCAAAAUGUUGCUUACCGCUAAGCGGUUUAGAAAUAAACAAAAAUACACCUGUAGAAAUGGAAUGGAGAAGUCCAGUGGAAGAGACAGACAAAGCCUUGUCAGAUGUAAAUUGCAGUGGGACUGCUAGAAGUCAUGGUCAUAUUGUAGUUCCUGGUGAGGAUAAUAAGCAUCAUGCUUCAGCUCCUGUGAAAUCCAGUAUACACAGUGACAUUCUGAGGACAGAUACAAGUCCAUCCCCAGAAAAGGAGAGGACAAAUUCAUCAGGAAGAACGAACACAUCCUCUCCAUAUAUGGACCAGUCACUACAGAAAAAUCCAGUGGACACAUUACCUGAACCAUUGAGUGGAGAUGUUACUGAAAACGCAAAAGUCCCAUUGCGGGAGUUGGACACUGCUAAAGAAUGUUCAUUGGAGGGCAUGCCAUAUGUUGAUCCCCUAUCUGAGCAACGCUUUUGCAACAAUGGCGAAACUGAAUUUAAACAUCAAUGUGAGGAUCUAUCUUUGAUCAGACAAGGCAGUGAUGCCAUCAGCUGUUUAAAACAAGUACCUGAGCUACAAUCCUCAGUUUACACGAGGCGAGUGCUGCAGCCCAUUGUUAUAUUGGAUGCUUUAAAGCCAGCGCAAACACCAAAUAGUUUAUAUAAUUGCGCAGUGUGUCAACAUACAGCCAACAGCAUAAAUGACCUAAUUGAACAUUUGUGUUCCAGCCAUUUGGUGCACAAUUUUGUCUUCUGCCGAACCUGUAACACAUUCCUGAUGAAGAAUCAACAUACAGAAGAACAUGUAUGUGGUGCAACAGAGUCCUCUCUACACUCAAAGUCUGACCUCCGGAACAAACCAAAACCCCGCCUACAUUCAAAGUGUAACCGUUGUGGAAUCACUUUUUCAAAAGUAGAAAGUUAUGUGAAGCAUAUGUGGACUCAUUCUGGCAAAACACCAUUUAAGUGUCAAGGAUGCGGAUUAUAUUUCUCAAAGAAGGGUGGCCUGACUAAACACACAUACACGCCUGGUCGAUGCAAGCGCCCAGUCUGUGAAAACAAAGAUGCAAAUCCUGCUGCAAGUCGAAGUGUCGUAAAAAGACCACCAAGAAUGGAUUUGUUACCGAAUGGCCCACGUGCAGGUCUACCUGAAUGCUCAGUCAAGCUUGUUGACCUUAAUAAAAAUAACUUGUGCGUUUGUUGUAAUAAAGCCUUCUCAACAGUGGAGCAGACCAAGAAGCAUUACUACAAUGUACACAAAGAAAAGAUGGGGACAUUUGUGUUGAGCCAGUCUACCCAGAAAGCUGCUGUUGAAACCUGCCCUGAAGUAAAAAGUGGCUCAAGAGCAACAUAUGACUGUAUACUUUGUCACAGGGCUUUCAAGUACUCCUACAACAGAGCUCGACAUUUGCGUGAGUGUGUCAGAAACAUAAUAUGGGGUGGGCAGGGAAAACUUGGCAAUAAGUUUCAGUGCCCUUUAUGCAAAGCUCUCUUCACUUUUAAAUCUAGCAGAUGUAGACAUAUUAACGGCUUUUGCCUCAAAAAAUGUCUUGCACUGCUUUCAAAAGAGAGAGCAGCAAAAUUAAAGCCACAUAUGGAAAAGAAAACAUUUAAAACUGAGCAUGCUAAGCAGUGUGAAACGCAGUCAAAGGAAACGGAUGGAACUGUACAGAAAACAGUGCCCUCAUCGAUACCUGCUCAUCCCUUUGUACCACGUUACAAAUCAGCUCUUUUAAAGUAUUCCUCUGGGAAAUCCAGACACAUGAAGAUAUCACAUUCUUCUUCAGUUGCUGUGCUAAAAACCAAAAAGCGCAAGGAUAGCUUCACUUCAGAUGAAAGCAACACCAGUCGUACCUACUCCUGUCGGUUUUGUGGAAAAUGUUUCGAGCGGCCACUGUCACUGCAGAAACAUGAGCUCACUCACAAAGGCGAAAGACCUUAUUCCUGUCCGAAGUGUAACAAAGCCUUUAAGAAACAUCGUCAUCUGAUAACACAUCAAAGCAUUCAUCAGAGGAGAAUACAGUGCACUGUUUGCAAUAAGAUUCUUCCAACUAUUGAGGGUCUGCUUCAGCACCAAAACGCACAUGUUAAAAAGGGAAUGCUUCAGUGUCCAGACUGUCCAAUGCAGUUUGAAAUCCCUGCAUAUCUACUUAAACACAUCCUCACCCACAGUAACAAACUGGGAGAAACAAAUGAGGAAGCUGAGAUGCUUGCACUGGAAAAGAAACAAACAGCUGUCACACAGCUGUCCUCAACAACAGAGGUUCAAGAACAGAAUGUUGCAGAACAAGUACAGUGUUCAUUAUGUAAAGUGGUGUUUGAUGAUGCACAAGUACUACGAAAGCAUUGCCUAACACAUAUAUCUGUGUCCUCUGCACUGGAAUGCCCAUUUUGCAAGCGUAAUUUCAGUAUUCGACGCAAUCUAGUGCGCCACAUGUUUAAACAUACAGGAGGGAAACCAUUUUCUUGCAGUAUUUGUGGGAAACAAUUUUACAGUGAAUAUCACUUAAAAUGUCAUAUGGAAAAAUGUAUCUCUCGUUUCCCCAAAUAUGUCGCCAAUCAGUCGGUCACAAAGAUAGGACUUCGUUGCCCUCAUUGUCCUCGUGUAUUCUUUAGGAAACCCCGCUUUAAAAUUCAUCUCAAAGGCCACCUAGAAAAGUAUCUGAAAGCAUGCUUAAACUGUGGGCAGUGCUUUACGACCCCAAAAUUAACUAUGCAUCUAAAGCUUUGCAAAAGGACAAAAGGCCUCAGCAAGGGUUCAUCUGUGAAAGGAGACUGCCACAAAGCUGUUUCUCCAACAACCAAUACGGUUGCUAAAGUGAGUUUUCAGGCCAGUGCAACCAUUAUGCUAAAGCAUAAAUGUCAGCAUUGUGCGAAGAGGUUCAAGUACAGAUCAUUGCUGUACAGACACCUUUCUUCGCAUCGUGGUGCCAAGUCCCAUGCAUGCAUGCACUGUGGUCACAUAUACAGUAGUCAGGCAAUGUGUUUUCAGCAUGAAGCAUUCUGUGAUGGAGUUUACAGAGCAGAGCAGUCGAAAGACGAACAUGAUGCAGCACAACAAUCAAACACAUCAGAACCAAAACCGCAGGCCGAAACCGAUGCCAAAUUCAAGUGCAAAUUUUGCACAAAGGCAUUUAUGAAAGCGCGAAGUCUGAGAAGUCACAUUUUGACACACACUGAAGCUAAACCAUAUCGGUGUAAAGUGUGUAAUAGCUGCUUCUCCAGGUAUGAUCAUCUUAAAGUACAUGAAACUCACUGUUCGGGCACAAGAACCAGAUUAGAAAUCCGGAUACCCAGAAUCAGUUUAGAUGAUGUUGGAAAGGGCUGGCUAACACGUCAUUACAAUCAGUCUGCUCAAAUUCAGCAGAGUUUUGAAUGCACCGUCUGUUUAAAACAUUUUAACGCUGAAUCUACACUUUCACGACACAUACUCUUAUUCCACGCUGCGAAAAAAUUUACAUGCGAUUGUGGUGCAUCGUACACUCAUGAAAAGUCACUCAGGGCGCAUAAGAAGAGUAAGAAGUGCAAAAAAGUCACUAUUACAAGGCAAAAUUCUCUGCCAGUGAAAACUGCCCCCCCAAAAGAAACCGCAAAAGAACAGGUUCAUAGCAAGCGAAAUCAAAUUUUGCGCAAGAUCCAGCCUAAAGUUGUCACAAAAUAUCAGUUUUCAUGUGAUUAUUGCCAGCGUGCUUUUGGGAAUGCGUACCACUUAAAAGUGCAUGUCCGACUGCACACAGGUGAAAUGCCAUAUGCUUGUGAGUACUGUGAUAUGAGAUUCAUAAGGAAAGACUAUGUGCAGCGCCAUUAUGAGAAGUGCACAAAGAUAAAGUCACUAAAUAGCCAAGUGCUUUGUGACCGAUGUGGAGGAUUUUUCACUCAACAAGUGCUUGAAACCCACAGAAAGACCUGCUCUUUGAAACCAAGCUCAACAGAGUCAGCAAAUCCCCCAAAGCAGCAAACUUCACCGAAAAGCCUCGGGUUUUCCUGUGCAUUCUGCAGUUCUCGUUUUUUGCUGUUCUCACAGCUCCAAGAACAUUUUAUAACUAACCACAAGCCGGAAACAUCAAUGAAGCCACCAGUAACAACCGCUCCUCUUCAACAGCACCUGGCAAAUAUACCACAAAUCAAAAAGGAGCCUUUGGAUGAACAGAGUAGUGAUACUGGGAGUAUACAAUGUAAUUUAGAUUCAUUUCUGGAACUCGACACUUCUAAACCCUUGGGCUGCACACAAUGCAAAAUGAGAUUUGUGAAUAAAGCUGGACUGGUGGGCCAUUUGCGUGUGCACUCAAACGAGUAUCCGUUCAGCUGCAAAAGAUGCAAACGAGGCUUCUGGAAUAAAAAUUUACUCCGUAAUCACUAUAGAAAAUGUGGCAAAGAUGGAAAUGUAUUUGGGAUUAAUUCUGAGCCAGAGUUGGCAACCCCAUUAAAAGCUGAUAUGGAUUUGGUACUGAACAGCUCUGCUUCACUUUCCGAAGAAGAGCCAAAGACAACAGACGCUGGUGUUUUAGAGACAAACAUCUCUUGUACUGAGAUAUUGCCAGAAAAUUCAGAUGUAAAUCAGGAGCAAAGCAAAGAAGAGAAGACUGUGCAGUACCAAUGCUCAGAAUGUGAUAAGACUUUCACAGAUGGUCUAAUGCUCAUUAGUCAUCUUGAAGACCAUGGAAGAGAGGAACAAGAGAAGCGGUGCAGUACAUGUACAAAGUGUGGACGGGUAUGCUCCAGUCCAGGACAUCUUGAGAAACACAUGAAGGUGCACAGCAGUGAGAAAAUCUCCUGCCCUUACUGCCCCAAGAUUUUCCUCACCUCUGCUGAUCUUGAAAGACACAAAUCAUGUCAUGAUGCCAGCAAAGCUUAUAAAUGCAAAAUCUGUCACUUGAGAUUCCCCAAAAAACCAUCUUUAACUAAACAUUACCUGGAGGAUCAUCCAAAUAAUCUGUUCAAGUGUCCUUUUUGUGAGAAAGCUUAUGCAAUUAGAAGAUCUCUAGCAAGACACUGUAAAGUCAGGCAUCCGAAAAAGGUAACCCAGAAUCUAAUGGAACGUGUUGCAGAUGAAAAGAAAAGUACCGUGCAGAUACCUACAACUCAAGUCAGUGAAACAAGUGACACCAGUGAAGACUGCAAUAGUGACACAAACAGCAAUGAGGACGUUGCACCAUAUUUCCCUUGCCAUGUGUGUGGCAAGACAUUCCUUACAUCAGAAAGUCUUGAGGAUCAUCAGCGAUGUCACCUGGGUGAAAAGCCACAUGAGUGUGCGGAAUGUGGUAAAUGCUUUUUCCAAGCAGCCCAGCUGCAGCAGCAUCAAAGAAUGCACAAAUCUGAAUUUCAGUGUCCGAUGUGUGGCAGGGGCUUCGUCUCUCUUUUUGCAUUGCGUAAACACAAACACACUCAUGGCAAGAGGAGUCCAUACCGUUGCUCCAAUUGUCAAGUGAGUUUCACCGGUCCCUCACAGCUAGCAGAACAUAUGCUUACACAUCGUGAGGAGAGCUUUCCAUGUGACAUAUGUAAUCAAAUCUUUUUCUCCAAGAGUAGUAGAGCUGAACAUCGGAAAAGCCACCCCGAGUCGCGUGACAGUCCCCCAGCUUUAAUUUCACCCCAAACUCAUGAGAAGUCAGAUUUUUCUGCAAGUUCCCCUGUAUUUUCAAGUGAAUUUAAAUAUCGCUGUGGUGUUUGUAAUGAGCGCUUCAGAGACCCAGAAGAGCUCUCAGAACAUGGUUGCCUGGCAGCAGGAGAGCGCCCAUAUACGUGUUCACAAUGUGAUGAACAUUUUCUGCACAGAUCUCACCUGAAGAAACAUAUAAAUAUACGUCAUCUGUUGUCUUCUAAUGGGUACCCGUGUAAUCAAUGUAUCAAUAGUUUCGCGUCCCCUCAGCAGUUCCUGAGCCAUUUAAAAAACCAUGAGUUUUCAACAAAAACUAGAGAUGAGAUUGAGAAUGAAAAGAAAAAUCCUACGUCUGUCUUCAUAUGCCCAGUUUGCCAUCAGUGUUACCCACAUGCCAGUGCAUUGGCAAUACAUUUUCCCCAACAUGGUGAUCCCUUUGAAUGCAAAGAUUGCAAAAUGCAGUUCACCUCUCGAAGAAAGCUGGAAGAACACCAGCGUUGUCAUCUGACAGCGCUAAAUAGACUUCAGUGUCAAAGGUGUGGCCAAAACUUUUUGGGAGACCUUGCUUUUCAAAAGCACAACUGUACCAGUCAGCAGAACGUACAAAUGGAGAGGCAACCUUCAUAUCCAUCUGCUAAUACAACCUCUGUAAAGCAUGGUCGACAAGUAGGCGAGGAAGAAGAUGUUGACGUUACUGGAGAGGACUUGUAUAACUGUCCCACGUGCUCUGUGCAGUUCUCCUCCAAAAGUAGUCUGUUGGAUCAUCAAAAUAAAAUGCACCCACUUGAAUUCAAAUGUCAAUUUUGUGGCAAAACCUUUGCACUGAGGCGCCACCUCAAAGAUCAUGAGCGUAAGCGUCAUCUAACGUUGCCCACGCAGAACACACCCCAGGUGACUGAGAGUCAAUUUAAAUGUUACAAAUGUCCCAAAAUCUUUGAUUCGUCCAAAGCGUUGUCUCUGCAUUUGCGGAGGCAUGCUGAAAGGGAUGGCGGACAACACCGUUGUGAUAUGUGCUACGAGUCAUUUAGCCAGUGGGCUCUUCUUAAACGGCACCAAGAAAGUCAUGUUGGCCAAGUUGUGUACGAAUGCACAGAAUGUGAUAAAGCCUUUGCGUUUCCUCACCUACUGGAAGCGCAUCAGCAGACUCAUGCUGGGUCUUCUCACUAAUUGGUUGUUCAUAAACUUUUUGCUUUUGCUGGAUUCACUUUUUGAAUCGCUGUAAAUAAAAUGGCUAGAAUUUCUCUAGCCCAACAUCUGACCAUGUACCCCCUAUACUCAUAGUUUAGAUCUUGUAUUAUUUGAUUCUUUCUACACUUGCGUAGCUUUUACCAUGUGAAGGUGGAGCUGCUGCUUGUGAAUUUCUAUGACACGUUUUAGUUAUUGGAUUGGACUUUGUAUACACCACCAAUUUUCAUGGAAGUUUUGUGAAUAUUUGAGCUAAAAUGUCGUAGAAUAUUGUGUAAAUCUUUGAAUAUACUUUUUUUGAUGAAUGCAUAUAAUUGGAUAAGAUGUAUGAAUUGUCUUGAAUAGGCAAUUGUGAUAUUGUGUUGAGAUGUGACUCUUGGCAUUUAUUUUCAAAUGGACUUUUAUCAGUUUUGUUGACACUUAAAUGUGUUAAUAGUUGAGCUUUAUUUUCAUCUGUUUCAACUUUCUGUGGUAUGACUACUAAUUCGUUGUAGAUAGUUUUGUAACUUUUUUCCCCCCUUUUUUGAUUCAUUGGCUGUUUUUUCUCGGCUCUUCAUUACUAUCUUGUAUAGACAUUUGAAAAAUGUAUGGCAUUUUCAAAACCUGAAAAUAUUACUUUUUGUAAGAAAUUUGAGUUAAUGCAUACAAUUAAACAAGUUAACUAAAAUACA